ACAACGACAAGCUCAACGACAGAUCUCAACAUGGAAACUGUCAAACCAUUCGACGUUGAGUUAGUUAAUGUCAAUUAGUGGUUUCCGGUCAAAUAGCUAUAGCCAAACGUUUGACUGCUAUCAGAUAAAUUCAAUUAUUAUAUUUAAUAUUAAAUUAACCGUGAACUAGUAACCAAUCAUCAAAAUCAAUUGGGUUCAGUUGAGGUUAUGUUCCUAGGUCAGGCGAGGUUGAGUACUGUACGAAGGAAAACUAAACGAGAUUUUUAACAAAUCUACAAUAAAGAUUGUUGCGAUCACGGAAACGUUUUGUCACGGUUGGAGAACAUCCAAUAUUAAAAAUCUCGUUUACCGGGACUCAUAAUCAACAAUGCCCAAGAAAUCCACAAAAAAUACCGUUGACGAGGAGAGCGAUGUCGUGGAGAGUAGCUGCCAAGAGUGCGACGCAUCCGACAACCAAGAGAUGGUGCAGUGUGACUACUGCCAAAAAUGGUCACACUUCACAUGUGCAGCGGUCACCGAAGCCGUCGAAAAUAUAGAUUGGUGCUGUAAGCGAUGCACGAAGAUGAUGCUGGAGCAAAUAAAAGCAAGCGGAAAGAAGGAAUAUUCGACUCCAGAAAAACCAAAAAGUACAACACCCUCACGACGGUCAAAUUUAACAAAGAUUAAGAUGGAGUUGCAACGAUUGGAAGAGGAGGAGCGUAUACGACAAGAGGAAGAACAAGCGGCCGCAGCAGCACGAGUAAAGCGCCGGGAGUUUCUCGAGAAGAAAAGCAAACUUCUCAGCGAUCUAGCGAAGUCUGAAGCGUCCGGAAGCGAAGUAGCAUCGCAAGCCGGGGUUCCCGGGAACGAGGUCGAGCAAUGGUUGGACAGUAUACCGAUGGGAAGGUCGCCCGAGAAACCGACAGCGCCGCCCCUAGAGGAUGAGCCAAUUCAUUCAAGGUGUUCUGCGAAUUGUUUCACUGAAACGGGUAUUCUAACAAGUGGUCAGGUUGCAGCAAGGCAGGCUGUUUCAAAAGAGUUGCCCGUCUUUAAUGGCAGCCCCGAAGAGUGGCCUAUGUUUUAUGCUACAUUUAUAAGCACCACCGAAAUGUGCGGGUAUUCAUCGGCAGAAAAUAUGGUGCGUCUGCAACGAUGCUUGCGCGGCCGAGCACUGGAAUCCGUCAGAUGCCGGCUUCUGCACCCUGAGAAUGUUAAUGGUGUUAUAGACACGCUAAAAAUGCUGUUUGGAAGACCCGAAAUUAUAGUGCAAUCACUAAUCGGGAAGGUUCAGGCACUACCUACGCCAAGAGCAGACAAACUUAAUACCCUGGUCGAUUUCGGUAUCGCCGUAUCCAACUUAACUGCAACGUUAGAAGCAUGUCAGCUAAAUGAGUAUCUCUGCAACAUUUCAUUACUGCAGGAACUCGUUGAGAAACUACCCCCGAUGGUUAAACUCAAUUGGGCCACGCACCGUCGGUGUAUAAAAAAUGUUAACUUGAGUGAAUUCAGCUCCUGGCUCUACACUCUGGUCGAAGCAGCCUGUUCCGUUACCUCUCCCUUCACAGGAGCGAUCAGUGAUACCCCUUAUAAUCGUAAGACUCGGAAGAAUGAUGGAUUUGUUAACGCUCACUCAGAAAGCGCCGACCCACGCUCUGGUUGCGACGAAGAAACCCUUACCACGUGGAGGGCGUGUUCCGCCUGCAACGGAAGAUGUACAUCUACUGAUCGCUGCCCGAGGUUCACGAGUAUGGAUGUAGAAUCAAGAUGGGUAGUGGUACGAGAGCGCGGCUUGUGCCGAAGAUGUCUACGUAAACACACCGGCUUAUGUCGCUCGCGAAAAGAGUGUGGCGUCAACGGCUGCGGAUACAAACAUCAUAGUAUGCUGCACAACGACACUAGGGAAAUCAAUCAAACUACAACAAACCGUGCGCUCGCUGGUGAAGACAGUGGUGAUAACACCGGUCCAGUGGAACCAUGCAACACCCAUAGAGGAAUUACCGAUUCCGUGUUGUUUCGAAUAGUUCCUGUUGUUCUACACGGUCCUCGAAUGACAAUUCAAACCUAUGCUUUGUUUGACGACGGGUCGUCGCUAACAUUAAUAGACGAGGAAAUAGCUGAAACCCUGCAACUACCUGGGGAACCGUAUCCGCUUUGGUUAAAGUGGACAGGAGAUACGUGCCGGCAUGAAGCCAGCUCAAGACGAGUGUCCGUUGAAAUUUCUGGAACCGGACCAGCAGCGAAGCGUUAUUAUCUAGAGAACGUUCACACAGUAGAGGAACUAAACCUACCAAGGCAAACGGUGAAUAUAAAAUCCCUCGCGGAAAAUAUCAGCAUCUACGAGGAAUUCCAGUUGAUUCUUUCCAGAACGCCCGUCCUCGCUUACUGA